GCCACGCGUGCGCGCCGCUGAGCGCUGACUGGGUGCGAGCGGGGAAGCUGCUAACCCGACCCGGAUUGGCGCUGAGGUGGCCUGUGGGGCAGGGCAGAUGAUUCUGGACCAGAUGAAGCCUGAGGAGCCUUCCAGCUCUAAGAUAGCAGGAUAGGAGACUUCUAAGAUUGGAGCUGCAGAAGACUUGCCAGCCUACCAGCACAAUGUCAGGAAGCCAUACACCUGCCUGUGGCCCUUUCUCAGCCCUGACUCCGAGCAUAUGGCCCCAGGAGAUCUUGGCCAAGUACACGCAGAAGGAAGAGUCAGCAGAGCAACGAGAGUUCUACUACGAUGAGUUUGGUUUCCGUGUGUACAAGGAAGAAGGUGAUGAGCCUGGCUCCAGUCUGCUGGCGAACUCCCCUCUGAUGGAGGAUGCUCCGCAGAGGCUGCGGUGGCAGGCCCACCUGGAGUUCACCCAUAACCACGACGUGGAGGAUCUCACCUGGGACAAGAUAGCAGUCUCCCUACCCCGCUCUGAGAAGCUCCGCUCCCUGGUGCUGGCCGGCAUCCCACAUGGCAUGAGGCCACAGCUGUGGAUGCGGCUCUCUGGGGCCCUGCAGAAGAAGAGGAACUCUGAGCUGUCCUACCGCGAGAUUGUGAAGAACAGCUCCAACGAUGAGACCAUCGCUGCCAAGCAGAUCGAGAAGGACCUGCUCCGCACCAUGCCCAGCAACGCCUGCUUCGCCAGCAUGGGUAGCAUCGGGGUGCCCCGCCUGCGCAGGGUGCUCCGGGCCCUGGCCUGGCUCUACCCAGAGAUUGGCUACUGCCAGGGCACUGGCAUGGUGGCCGCCUGCCUCCUGUUGUUCCUGGAGGAGGAGGACGCCUUCUGGAUGAUGUCUGCCAUCAUCGAGGACCUGCUCCCCGCCUCCUACUUCAGCACCACCCUACUGGGCGUCCAGACUGACCAGCGGGUCCUGCGCCACCUCAUUGUCCAGUACCUGCCUCGCCUGGACAAACUGCUCCAGGAGCAUGACAUUGAGCUGUCCCUGAUCACACUGCACUGGUUCCUCACGGCCUUCGCCAGCGUGGUGGACAUCAAACUGCUCCUGCGCAUCUGGGACCUGUUUUUCUACGAGGGCUCCCGGGUGCUGUUCCAGCUCACGCUGGGCAUGCUGCACCUCAAGGAGGAAGAGCUGAUCCAGUCAGAGAACUCGGCCUCCAUCUUCAACACACUAUCGGAUAUCCCGUCGCAGAUAGAGGAUGCGGAGCUGCUUCUGGGGGUGGCCAUGCGGCUGGCCGGCUCCCUCACCGAUGUGGCCGUGGAGACUCAGCGCCGCAAGCACCUGGCCUAUCUCAUUGCAGACCAGGGCCAGCUCCUGGGGGCCGGCACCCUCACCAACCUCUCUCAGGUUGUUCGCCGCAGGACCCAGCGGAGGAAGUCCACCAUCACUGCUCUGCUCUUCGGGGAGGAUGACCUGGAGGCACUCAAGGCCAAGAACAUCAAGCAGACGGAACUGGUGGCUGACCUCAGGGAAGCCAUCCUGCGUGUGGCACGCCACUUCCAGUGCACAGACCCCAAAAACUGCAGUGUGGAGCUGACUCCAGACUAUAGCAUGGAGAGCCACCAGCGGGACCACGAGAACUACGUGGCGUGUUCACGCAGCCACCGGCGCCGAGCCAAGGCCCUGCUGGACUUUGAGCGGCACGACGAUGACGAGCUGGGCUUCCGCAAGAACGACAUCAUCACAAUCGUGUCUCAGAAGGACGAGCACUGCUGGGUGGGGGAGCUCAACGGCCUACGAGGCUGGUUUCCAGCCAAGUUCGUGGAAGUCCUGGAUGAGCGCAGCAAAGAGUACUCCAUCGCGGGGGACGACUCGGUGACGGAGGGCGUCACAGACCUCGUGCGAGGGACCCUCUGCCCGGCCCUUAAGGCCCUGUUCGAACAUGGACUGAAGAAGCCAUCCCUGCUUGGGGGCGCCUGCCACCCCUGGCUGUUUAUCGAGGAGGCUGCAGGCCGGGAGGUCGAGAGAGACUUUGCCUCCGUGUAUUCCCGCCUGGUGCUCUGUAAGACCUUCAGGUUGGAUGAAGAUGGCAAGGUCCUGACCCCGGAGGAGCUGCUCUACCGGGCUGUGCAGUCUGUGAACGUGACCCACGAUGCAGUGCACGCACAAAUGGAUGUGAAGCUCCGCUCACUGAUCUGCGUGGGGCUCAAUGAGCAGGUGCUGCACCUGUGGCUGGAGGUGCUCUGCUCCAGCCUGCCCACAGUGGAGAAGUGGUACCAGCCCUGGUCCUUCCUGCGCAGCCCGGGCUGGGUCCAGAUCAAGUGUGAGCUCCGAGUCCUCUGCUGCUUUGCCUUCAGCCUCUCCCAGGACUGGGAGCUCCCUGCGAAGAGAGAGCUAGGGCUGCAGAGCUGUAUUCAUGUCCAAGGUUCUGCCCUUCCUUGAGUGGUCUAGAAGGCACUGCCUGGCCCCUCCGAUGCUGGGACACAACAGACCCAGGACCCAGCUGUGCUACCCACCCCUUCCAUGGACUGAGUAAGAUGGACUAACAGGCCUGUGUUUUUGUUUUUAUUUUAAAAAGUUCACACACCUUCCCCAUCUUUAUCCCAGCACUGGUUUUGGUGACUCCACCCCUGCUCCCCUAUGAGUCAGCCCAGAAUGUGAAGCCAGUGGCCCCAGGGCAGGAGCUGGCCACAACCUCAUGGCCACCCCUCAGCCCCACAGCAGGGUGAAGCUGGGCCCGAAGCUCCUCCUGUCCUAGGGCCACGCUGGCUGCAGUGAGGUGGCAGGGACGGAAUGUGAGUGGGUGGAGAGCUCCUGGCAGGAAGGCCAGGUAGCACCUCUGCCCUCAUGGCACUGAUAAGGAGCCAGGAAGCAGGGCAGGUGGGGCACAGGCCGUGGCAGGGUACCUACAUGUCAAUCACACGUGAUGGGUGGGCCUGGGUAGGUGCAUGCCAGACUGGACCCCAGACUGUGGCACACAGCUCAAGGGUAACCUUGCAUCCAGCCCCCAGGAGCCGUGGCCUUCCAGGCCCUUCUGUGAGAGUAGGAUGGGAGGGAGUUGCACCCAUCUCCUGUCCCCCCCCCCCCAAAAAUAUAUGUCUAUAUGUAUGUUGAUAUAUAAUAUAGAGAGGUAUAUACACCUGUACAGAAAA